UGGGAGUAAAUGUUAGAUUUGUAUGAAACGUAUAGCUUUAAGUCAUUAUCUUAUAAUGGAAAACAUACUGUAAGUACUCUGCAAUUCAAUGUAUGCACUUCAUGUUUCUUUGUACUCCGUGUUCUCAAUGAAUGUGACAUUAACGUUACAUAACUAUAGUUUAUAUCUCUCAAGGCCAGGGCUGCUCCACGCUCCCUAACCUCCACAGGAAACAUCAAAAAUCCGAAAAUAGUCGGUUCAAGAGCAGAGGAGGGAUAAUAGAUACAAUAUAUUGGACAAAAAAUGUUCGAGGUAGAGCUGCCAGGCAGAAAAGGAAUGAAGACACUAAUUCAAGAUUCAUGGACAUAAUGAAAAAAGGACAUAAAGGUGGUUGAUAUAUUAUUACUGGAGGCGAUGUAGGAGAAGGGAACAGGGGGAAAAAAAAAGAAAAAUGCACGUUUCUUAAAAGAAUCCAUCCAAAAAGAACUCAUUGUCACUGUUUUCUUUUUCUAAUAGCACGGAGAAUCAAGGCGAACCACUCUGUUAGAACACUAGAUUUAAAUGUGUCAUAACCCUUGAACUUGUGGCUUUUCUUCUCAAGUUUCAACCAUUUGUGUAUCUUGUCAACUGUCUUGUAUUUAAAGUAUUGUGCUAUUUAAAAAUGUCCUUUGCUUUAUUGUAAAUUUUAUAAUGUCAAUAUAGAAAAGAAGUGAGGGUCACUUAACAGCAACAUGUAACUUUACUGUGAUACACAUUCCUGCACAGUUGAUACAUCGUGUUACUAUAUUUAUAACUGUUCUAAAAAAAAAAUGUUCCAAAACAUUUUGUACACAGUUAGGAGAGGGAUAGUGUUAGACUGAAGUGAUGAGCUGAGGUAAGUCCUGGCCGAAGCGGCACCAUUGAACAGAUAAGUUGGCCACAUUAAAAACUGCAUCCCUCUACGUGACAACUGUAGCUCAGUGAGCCAUCGGCUCUCCCGCUCAACUCUCAUCCAUCUGGGACUUGUAGUUUUCUGCGUGGAAUACGCGGCCGCACUGACGAGACUCUUCGUGAGAUUAAAACUACAGUUCCCUCGAAGCUCCUCGAAGGUGUUAGUUGUCAAUAUGGCUGUUGUCAGACAGACAAAGCGGAGAGGCAAAUAAUUCGCCUCUGAUUAGAAAUCCUUGGAAAGGGGUCGGACAGGGCACCGUUUAUCAUAUUGCCGUGUUUGUUCGGCUGCGACAGAGAAGACAGCGGCUCCUCACUCAGUUCGCGAAGUUAAAUGGUUUAGUGGACGUUUUGAACCGAGCAGCAGGAUGUCUGAGUUCAGCGAGGAGCCGCGGUUCACGAUUGAGCAGAUAGAUCUGCUGCAGCGGCUGCGUCGCACUGGCAUGACCAAGCAGGAGAUCCUGCAUGCACUUGACACUCUGGACCGGCUGGACCGGGAGCAUGGCGACAAGUUUGGUCGCCGUACCUCUACUUCUUCAUCCUCCUCCUCCCCGUAUGGAGUAGGCGGAGCAAGCAGCUGCACCAACAACUCUGCCUCGAAUGCAACUACAGCAUCAUUCAACAAUAACAACACUGCCUCGGCAACAACCACCUCUUCCGUGUCCUGCAAUGGCAACAACGGUGCCAUCAACGAGGGAAGUGCUGCAGAACAUUCAGCGGCUGCCACCUCUUCCACCACCUCCAAAAUCUCCACAGCCACGCAGACACAGUUCGCUAGUGGAGGACUGUCGCCGUCUCCUAGCAACAGCUAUGAUACCUCCCCACCUCCGGGGCCGCCGCCGCCCUCUGCUGUCCUUCCAUCACCGGUCAGCUUGGUGGCACUGUCACAGAACGGGCGUGAUUGUUUAGCCGCAACGCCCAACGGAAAGCUGUCUCCUCCACGGUACCCGGUGAACAGCGCGGCUGCUGCGCGGGCUUUCGGGUUUGAAGCCACAGAAGAAGAUCUUGACAUUGAUGACAAGGUGGAAGAACUGAUGAGGAGGGACAGCAGUAUGGUGAAGGAAGAGAUCAAAGCGUUCCUGGGGAACAGGAGGAUCUCUCAGGCAGUGGUGGCACAAGUUACCGGUAUCAGCCAGAGCAGGAUCUCCCAUUGGCUGCUGCAACAUGGCUCUGACCUGAGCGAACAGAAGAAGAGGGCCUUCUACCGCUGGUACACGCUGGAGAAAACUACACCAGGUGCAACCCUCAACAUGCGGCCGGCUCCGAUACCUCUGGAGGAGAUGGAGUGGAGGCAAACCCCACCCCCCCUCACCACUGCCCCCGGCACUUUCCGGCUGCGUCGAGGAAGUCGCUUCACCUGGAGGAAGGAGUGCCUGGCUGUGAUGGAGAGCUACUUCAACGACAACCAGUAUCCAGACGAAGCCAAGCGGGAAGAGAUUGCGAACGCCUGCAAUGCUGUUAUUCAAAAACCAGGGAAGAAGCUGUCUGAUCUGGAGAGGGUCACGUCACUGAAAGUUUACAACUGGUUCGCCAACCGCCGCAAAGAGAUCAAGAGACGAGCUAACAUUGAAGCCACAAUCCUGGAGAGUCAUGGGAUUGAUGUCCAGAGUCCUGGAGGACACUCCAACAGCGACGACAUCGAUGGGAAUGACUUCACAGAGCAGGCCUGUGAACUCCCCUAUUUCGACAAGCGACCUCUAAGCCGGCCUUUUGGCCUCUAUCGGCUGGAACCGACCUCUCCAACACAGGACGACAGCGGAGCACACGGCGAGCACCAGGACCCCAUAUCUCUGGCUGUGGAGAUGGCCGCCGUCAACCACUCCAUCCUGGCCUUGUCCAGAGCCGGGGGCGUGCCCAACGACAUCAAGACGGAGUCCCUGGAGGAUGAAUGAAUCGCCCAGGGAGCGGUUGUAAGGGAAGCAGCAGAGAGAAGCGGCCAAGUUGAGAGGAAAAGGGAAAAAAAAAGAAAGAAAGAAAAGAGGAUCAAAAAGGUGGGAAAGGGAGGGGGUUAAAAAAAAAAA